AUGAGGACCGUGGAGUACAAACUGGCACGCUUGGAGGAGCAGAACGCGGCUCUCCAUAGAAAGCUGCGCCACCAGGAGAACGAAAUUAGUCGCCUGUCCGUCCGGGAGUCGCAGCUGAAGGAGGCCCGGCGCAUUCCGCUUCUCCAAAAGCGCCUCGACGAUGCGCUUGCGGAGUGCGAGGAUCUCGAGUGCCAACUCAUCGAGACACGCGGCAGGGAGGUAAAGUUGUCGGAUGAGGUCAACCUCCUGCGCACGUUUGUACAGCUAGACAAGAACCCGGCACUCGCUGAGGCAGCGCGGCAGCGCGCGAGCGACGACCGCAUUCAGGAGGAGCUCAAGGCGCUUGGCGUGCAGCUCCGCACCAUCGCCGAGGAGCGCGACGAGUACAAGAAACGGGCUCUUCUUUCCUGUGAAGAGGCGGAGUAUUACCGUGACAAGUGGAAUUCCUCCUUUAGUGAAAAACAGAGAUUAGAGGAAUACAUAAAGAAGCUUCUUGCCGAACAGAAGGCAAGCGUAGGGGUGUUUCCAUCACCUUGCGUGGCUUUGGAGCAGCGUUCGUCUCUGGAAGUAAUUGAUGAGGGACGCCACGGUACAAAUGGUAUACAACAUCUCCGGCGUAGUCUUGAAGAGGAAAGAACCCGCAACGAGACCCUCCAGGAAACUCUAGAUGCAUUGUAUGAGCAGCAAAAGGAACAUCGUCGUUCACGCUCUCAUGAGCGACCCCCAAGUAUUCCUGUAGACCCUCCUAGUGGGAUGAAUACCCCUGGGCAAUGCGACUCUGACAGUGCUAUGCAGGCGCUACGGCAGCAGGUUGCGCUCGCAGAGGGCGAGUGCGUCUUGCUAACGAAGAGAUGGCGUGCUCUCAGCGAGCAGAACCAAAGCUUGCUCGAGCGUCUGGCCGAACAAGAACGCAUGGAAGUGUCUUGGCGUAAUCAGCUUCACCAAAUGUCGAUGGAGUGCGAGCGGCUGAAGCGUGAGCUCGAGUUGGUGUCUCAGGCAAGGUCGUUAGUUUCACGCCACCAUGGCAAGUCUUGCAAUGACUAA